UAGACGCCGGAGCGACGCGCGUGCCCCUACAGCUAUCGAACCACGUUAGCACCGAAUCCCGACACCUGUAGGCUCGUCGUGUCGUGUUUGUUCGUUAGGCGUUUCCCGCGUGCAUUUCGCGCUCGUUCAUCAGACGCAGAAGUUUGACGGCAUCUGCGAGGCUCGUGUUCGAGGUUCUCCGCUCCAUGCCACCGCUAUACGUGUGGCAUCACAGGCGUCAUGAUGUGGCAUCAUUCCCUACUUAUAAGUAUCUGAAUGCACCGCCACGAUCGUCAACACCUCUCACUCCAUCUCCCAAUGAAUCAGCCCGCACUCCGGCAUAGCAUCCAGAUACACACAGGCACUCUCCAGCGGGCUGUUGGGAUUGUCGCUGGCUCUUGGGGCUCGUGUCACGUCGGGCGUGACCUAAGCGUGAC